CGAGGGUGUGUGGCUGCUCACUGUACCUGAGCGCGUCCGUCACGUACCACAGGGGCGCAGAGGACCAGAGCUGGACCGAACGUUACUCCUGUGCGUAAUUCUGUGAAAUGCAUCAAACGUCGAGGAGGAUCUCUGCGCGCCUGCUGCUGCUGCUGCGGAUGUUUUGCAUCUGAUGAAGAUUUUUUUUCAUUUUUCCGCUCGUUCUUAUUUUGAUGCGCUCCCGUGGAUGAUGAAUAUGUUUAUUCUGGUGCUCUAGUGUAGUGCGUGAGUGGCCGUCGGCGAGCAGGAGCUGUUGUCGGGGCUCGUUGACAUGUGUUCCCCCUGAGCUCGACGACGCCCCCCCCGGUGGUGUGGUGACAGGAUGCCGGUGCAGGCAGCCCAGUGGACAGAGUUCCUGUCCUGUCCCAUCUGCUACAAUGAGUUCGACAGCAGCGGCCACCAGCCCAUCAGCCUGGGCUGCUCCCACACGGUGUGCAAGACCUGCCUGCACAAACUGCACCGUAAAGCCUGCCCCUUCGACCAGACGCCAAUCAGCACCGACAUCGACCUGCUGCCGGUCAACUGUGCCCUGCUGCAGCUGGUCGGAGCUCAGAUCCCUGAUAUGCAGCCGGUGAGCCUGAGUGGUGCAGCAGAGGUGGAGAACUAUGAGGUCUGCAGGGUGUGUGUAGAAGAGCUGGCUCUCUACCUGAAACCUAUCAGCGGAGCAAAAGGUGUCGCGACCCUGAGUCCGAGUGUGCUCAGUCGGCCCAUGCAGAGGAAGCUGGUGACCCUGGUGAACUGCCAGCUGGUGGAGGAGGAGGGCCGUGUGCGGGCGGUGCGGGCCGGCCGGUCGCUGGGGGAACGAACCGUGACCGAGCUCAUCCUGCAGCACCAGAACCCCCAGCAGCUCUCUGCCAACCUCUGGGCGGCGGUGCGGGCGCGGGGAUGUCAGUUCCUGGGACCUGCUAUGCAAGAAGAUGCACUGAAGCUGGUUUUACUGGCGCUGGAGGACGGCUCAGCUCUGUCCAGGAAGGUGCUGGUUUUGUUUGUAGUCCAGAAGCUCGAGGCUCGGUUCCCCCAGGCCUCCAAAACCAGCAUAGGCCACGUGGUGCAGCUGCUCUACAGGGCCUCCUGCUUCAAGGUGACUAAGCGUGAUGAGGACUCUUCACUAAUGCAGCUGAAGGAAGAGUUUCGCACAUACGAGGCUCUCAGGCGGGAACACGAUGCCCAGAUUGUGCACAUCGCCAUGGAGGCGGGCCUACGGAUCUCACCGGAGCAGUGGUCGUCUCUGCUGUACGGAGACCUGGUCCACAAGUCACACAUGCAGUCCAUCAUUGACAAGCUGCAGUCUCCAGAGUCAUUUGCAAAGAGCGUCCAGGAGCUGACAAUCGUUCUGCAGAGGACAGGAGACCCGGCCAACCUCACGAGCCUCAGACAGCACCUCGAGCUGCUGGCCGACAUAGACCACAAUCCAGACGCCCCAGCACCAUCAUGGGAGGAGCUGGAAAGCGUGAUGUUGGCUGUGAAGUUGGUGGUUCACGGACUGGUGGAAUUCAUACAGAACUUCAGCAAGAAGAGCCACGACACGCCGCAGCCUCAAGCCAACAGCAAGUAUAAGACCAGCAUGUGCCGGGACCUCCGUCAACAGGGCGGCUGUCCCCGAGGAACCAACUGUACAUUCGCGCACACACAGGACGAACUGGAGAAAUUUAGACUGAGGAACAAGAAGAGCAACAGCGUGGGCCGCGCAUUUCCGUUGGCGCCCGGGGUUAUGGGUAAAACCUUCACCAUGGAGGGCAGCCUCCACGAAGACGUGUCGGCGGGAGUGGUAGAGGGGCUCAAAGGCACAGGGGACAAUGCAACUAACCUGACAGACGGUGUUCCUGGCCUGACUCACCCGCAGUUUAUCAACAGAGGGGCUGACAUUAUCGAGGAAAUGAAGAGGGUGGUGCCAAAUGGAACCAGUGGGGCGAACGGGUGCAACGGGCUACCUGGUACCAACAGAACCACGUCGGGUGCAACGGAACAGAAGCCCAUCUCUCCUCCCAGGACUCCAGUCAGCCACUCAGCAUCAUCCCCCUUGACCCCAGUCGCGCGGGGUGACGGUGGCGCUCCGAUACCCAAACACGGUCAGUUCAUGCUGCGUGCGCCACAUCCUUCACAGGCGACAGAGCUGUACUAUCAGGAGCCCCACUCUGCUUAUGACACGCCCCAUUAUCAACAAACCUCAGGUUCUUAUUACCCUUCUACUCUUCAUCAUCCUCACAAACCCUGCAUGGCUCGCUUCCUCAGGUCGUCCAAUGUCCCAGAAUCCCCUCUGCCGCCCUCCAUGGGACCUCCACCAACUUCCUACCACAGUGACCCUCAAUCGCCUCACCCACCCUCCUCUUCUUCCUCGGGGUACCCCCCACACCCACCCAGAGAUCGGAUGGGUCCCGCCUUCCAUCCCCACCCGGGGCAGCCUCAGUAUGGGCCUCUGGCUCCCGCUCAUGGGGUUUAUGCUCCGCUCUAUGACAGCAGACGAGUAUGGAGGCCUCAGCUAUACCACCGAGAGGACGCCAGGAGUAACUCGCUGCCUCCAGAGGUGCUGCAUUCCUCCGUCUACCAGCCUCCACUCAGGGAGAGAUUCAACUCUCUAGACAGCAACUACUGCUCCGGAGCGGACCAUCGCACAGGGCUACACAGGGAUUACAGUCGUGUUCCUCUGGGCUACGAGGAUCUGUUCAGGAGGAAGCAGGAGCAGUGGGCGCAUCAUCACCACCAUCACAACACCAACAGACCCUCCCAGUCCUCCCCCAUCUUCACCAUCGACUUUGGAACUGAGCAUUUGGAGAGCAGCGGAGGCCAGUGCGCCGGGUGCCGGUUCAGAGGGGAGGAAAGCUUAGCCCACUACUCCCCGUGGUCCUGUGGCACCAUCGGCCCCUGCCUCAGUCCCUUUGAGCCUGAGACACUGACGCACAGCUCCGCUCACUCCUGCUCGGAGCACCCGGAGUUGGAGGCUAACGGGGGCAGAGGCGGCGGCGGCGGUGGCGGUGGUGGCGGCGGCAGCAGCAGCAGCAGCAGUGUCGGGAAGCGGUGGCUGCAUUCGUUGGAUCACUACCGGCGCUUAAAAGAUGAGGACCCCAUCAUUCCCUUCAGCGAGGGGCCCAUCAUCUCCAAGUGGGGGGCCAUAUCCAGGGCGUCACGCACGGGCUACCACACCACCGACCCGGUUCAAGCCACGGCCUGCCAGAGAAGCUCCAGCACCACACCCAUCAACUUUAAAGAUUAUAACCCACACUUGGAUCACAGUGACUACAGGUGGGGCUCCAGAGGAUCAGACUCUUCCAGCCACUCCAGUUUCCUCGAAAGUGAGCAGCUUUGUGCAUCGGAGCUUCACGGCCGGCGAACCUCGAUAAGCAGUGGAGAGAGAAUCGUGACCUGUAAUCUGCAGGCGCAUCACGCCGUCUACAGCCAGGACCGGGAGCGAGCCGAGAGCGAGCCGGACCCGGGCCGAGACAUUGAGCUGGAACUGUGCGCUCUGGACAUGGAGGAUUCAGACCCCCAGGAGAGAAGGUCUCAGGAGUCUUUAGACCUGAUUACUUCUCCGUCUCAGGAUGCUUCCCACCUCCUGCCGCCUCCCUGCUCCUCUCCCCUCCUCUCAUCCCCUGUGAAGGAACGCCCCCGAACAGAGGGUACUUUGACAGAAAAGAUGGAUGCUCACCUGCUGAAAAAGAUGGCCUUCAGAAAGUCUCUGUCUCCCGGCGGGUUGGUCUCGAGGGGUCUUGGCGUCGGCAAGCUGGUGCUGCGGACCGGACCCUCUCGACUGGGGGACCCUUCCACGCCCGGCACAGAGAUGCUGCUGAAUGGAAGCUAAAGGGACACAAAGUCAGACAGUGCGACACGUGCUACGUUGGCGCUGAGCUGCCAGCACACAAACAGAUCCUGUUUGAAGGCAGUUCCAUUGAAUUCCAGCCUUCAUAUAUGUAAAUCGUAUGCCUAAAUAAAACCUGACAGAUACAGCUCGGCAGUCUGUGACAGGCCCGCGAGACUCCAGAGAAAAUCCACUGUCCUGUCUGCUAAGUGCUAAUUUUUACUAGUGUAUUUACCACAGAGAAUUUAGUGGAAUCACUGUUAAUGCUUAAUAAGGUCCACGAUCAGUUCACCCUCACAGACGCUGAACUUGUUUGUUAAAAACUGGAGAUCUCUUAGCAUCUUUACUCCUUUAUUGAGGUUUACACAUUAUCCAGUUUGUUGUGGACAUGUGGAAGUUUCUUAAGGCCACUUUUUCAGUUUACUUUAGGAUUUCUUUGCUAAAACACUGGUUUAUAAUCAAACCCCAGAUAACUAUCCAAGCUAAAUAUUAUACAAACUUGGCAUUAUUCCUCCCUUUUUGUGGACUCAUGGACAUGUAACACAUUUUUCUCCAUAUCUCGUAACAUGUUAAUGAAUUUGUUUAGGCCGCUGGUUUCGUUUAAAGGCUUCGUUGUGUUGCUGCGUAACAUUUACAUAACUAUUUCCUGAAAAAGAGAGAUAAGCGCAAUAAUACUGAAAACAAAACUGGACCGGCCGCUCAAACCCUCCAAUAAAAUAGAACGAAAAUUUGCAGACAACAGAAGUUUCCACUGUGGCGACAGUGAAACAAGCCUCUGUCUUUUGUGAGUCAUAUGAUCUUUUAAACGUUGACCUCCAAAUUCCCCUUGACUGUCACGAGAUCACAGAGCACAACGACACAGUCAUAAAGAGAAUUUGUUAAUGAUCAUUGAUCAGUGAAAGUCACGAGGGAGCAAAGUAAAGAUGUAGUUUUUUUUUUAUAUCCUUAUUUAUUAUUAACCCUCAACAUAUUCCCUUAGUUCACUCAUGUCGCGUAACUAAAGAACACAAAGCAAUUCUUGUUUUGACGUAGCUGCAUUUUGUCUAAUUUAGUCGAUUUCUCUGCACGCCACAUUAACUCACAGUCAACCUCUCUCUUGUACACAUAAAAUACAUGUGUGCUCACUCCUUCAUGCACACACAUACAUGCAAUACAGUGGCCUUCCUGUCCCUGGCGUUGUAUAAAACUCAACAUUGGGCUCUUCAUAUUCUCCUUUCAGAGGCGUGAUCUCAGAAAAUGACCACUGGAUGUCACAUUUCUAUUUGCCCACAGCUUUUUUCAUCCCAUUUACACACUUAAAAAAAUUCAAUGGUCGUGUAUGAUUUUUCAAGCCGAAGCAAACGUGAGGGACGCCAUUUCAUUUAGCGUUUCUUCGUGGUGGUAAAGUUUUUGUUUUAUUUUGUUUUAGGCGUUGCUAACUUCCGUGAAGUUGUCCGAUCUUUGUUACUGUCGUUCGUCAAGUUUCUAAUUCACAACAAACUGAUCACGUCGUCUCGUGUUCCUCUGCGUCCGCUCGUAAUCAGAUGUGCACCUUAAACCACCAAAGUCUAGUUCACUGUAACAUUGUGCGGUAUGCGUGAUUUCCAUACAGACCAGCCUUGCCUCGCUCCCCUUUUUUAUAAAUAUGAGGCGUCUUGUUGCAUUUGCCCAUCUUAUAUAUUUAUAUACUGGAUUCAUGGACUGGAGACUCCGCUGAGUUUGUUUCCACCUCUUCUAAAUCUUAUGAGAUUUGUCUAGAAACAAAUCUCUGUAUCUUUCAAGUUCCCUCUUCGAUUUCCUCUCACCUCAGCUUCCGUACCUUCUCAAAAUUUUCAUCGUGAGAGGCCAAGCCCUUCAAGUUAUAUCUUUAAUCCAGUUUUAGAGGAUGGCAGAAUGGCUGUACAUCUGAGGAAAGGUUUUGUGACCUUUGGUGGAAGGAUUCUGUCUUAGCUCCCACCCGACUGCUGAGACAAGCGAGUGAAGAAAGUGAAUAACGGGACUGAACGAUCCAGUCUGACUUGAUGUGACGAUGCUUAUUUGCCGUGUUCAUUUCUGACCACAAAAAGGCGAGAGCUGCCGCGGGGAUUCAGCCGCUCCUAUCCACAAAGAUAAGCCUCAGCUAAACUGUCGCUCUGCAUCUGUUUACAAUUUCCCCUUUGAGGUCAUGUAAGUGCCAUGUUAUGUACAGUAUAGUACAGUACAAUCAAUCCCUGCAAUCUCUCCUGUUGCUUUUCAUAUUGCUCGGCUGGGGCGAGGAGGUGGGGGAGGCCGAGUCAAGCUGAGGAAUGAUUGAUACUCCUCUCGCAGUUCCGAUUUUUCUCCAUUAGAGGAGGCUACAUCCUCGUCUGUGCGAGUCGCUCAGGGAAGACUUCAGUUGCUCAGCUGGUAUUUUGUCUUAUAUUCAUCACUUCAAAUAUUCAGUGGUGGUAUUUAGCGACGGAUCCUUUCGUCCCCGAAGCAUAAAUGAGUCAAAGUGUUACCGCUGAUAAAAUUGUUUGCCAGUGUUUGCUUUUGCCUCUUAGUAUCAAUAUUGGCUUUGCUAUACUUGCUCUCAUGGGAAAGGGCUGGGCACUGCUGUAUGUAAAGAAAACAGUAUUGCGAGUACUGGUGAUACUCAGUGUUUCCUGCUGUAGUGGCUAAAACUGCACUGCACUGAUCUCCACUCCAUCACUGCCAACAGGUGCACUCUGCCCCCCACUUUCCUUUUUUUACCCCGUCCCUGCAUCCGGCCUCAUGCAUGCGAUAUAGUCCCUCUUGUGAUGGCGGAUGAGUACUGAUGAUUCUGUAGUUGUGAUACAACACACCCAGCGCUGUAAGAAUUCUGCACAUGCCCACUGUGUGGCCACGUCAAGUGCUGAAGUUUGCUUGCGGCAUUUUACUCGUUUGCUCAUGAAACUGAAGUAUUGUUUAAUAGAGAUUAUAUUGUUAUUACUAUGAUUAUUGUACCACAUUUGGUUGUUGCUGUGGUAUUUUUUUUCUUUCCUUUUUAGUAUAUUCUAAGUCUUUGCUUCUUUGUUUUGGAUAUUGAGAAUUUGCUAAAAAGAAAAAAACUAUGAAAUUUUUUAUUAGACAAGAAAGUGUCUCAUCAAUCUAUAUUAUAUGGAGAAAAAGUAAAAAGCUUGUUUGUUGAUCGUGAAACUUAUGAUGAACUGAUGUUUUCUGACUAUUCAUGUCUGUAUUAGACAUUUUAUUUGCGAAUCUAUUGUUCGAUUGAAAUGUAAAUGAACUAUUAAGAGAUGGUACACAUCUGUCAUUGUAUACAGUCUGGCACCAUCAUUAGAUGGACUUAAAUAGUAUAGACGCUCAUUUAUACAACCUGUGAUAAUCAUCUAUAUUUAAAUGUUUAAGUCAUUGGGGCAGCUGUGUAAUGUUUCAGAAUGAGGAGAAUAAAAAUCCUUGAAGAGACAGCAUAUCUAAAAUGUCCCCAUAUUGAAUAAUACUGUUACGUAUUCCAUUUAUUUCCUUGGAAAUAUCACAUUGUGAAAGGUUUCCCUUUUACUUAACUGUACGGUAAUUCAGGACUGGAGUAGGUCUAACCUAUGGUGAUGACGAUUUAUUGUACGUGUUAUUGACGAUUGAUGAAACUGUUUGAGUAUCGUUUGACUGACUGAUUCUUCUGUGCAUUUUCUGGCUCGUUCACUUGUAUGACACUGACGUAGACAGACAGCUUGGCCAAGCAGCGUUCUGCUUCUCUGUUGCACUGAGAGAUGGAUUUACAAAAAGCAGGAUUUUUUGGCACAUGGAAUUUGCAUGCUACAAUAAACCGAGAACAAAUAA